GCAGCGGAAUCGGUCGCGCGCGCGCGCUUUGCCAUCUCCGAUUUCCGUUUUCACAUUUUUUUUUCCCUCUUCUUCUCCUCGAAGAAACCGAAAGGACAAGUUUUGUUUUCAUCCCUCAACGACGUCGAGUGUUUAUUGUUUUCUUUUCAAUUCGGCUGCCAUGAGUCAAUCAAGCAAAUUCAACAUUCUGCAACCUUCUUUCGGCCACGCCAACAACCGCUUAAUUCCGCAUCAACAAUCGAAUUCUGUCGACAAUCUGAAAGCCGAAGCUUCGCCACUUCAGCGCUCCACCGUCCGCAAGAGUUUCAAGCGCAAACUACCGCAGCAAAAUUUGCCUGUCCGCGAUACCAAAGCGGAAUGCAAAUCGCCUGUUUCAACCCAACAGCCAUCCUCUUCGUUCGAUGUUGGGUCAUGCGCAGGACGGGUGGGCACGAAAAAUAGUUUGGGGCCGGAUCCGCCAGCUUCCGUAGCCCGUCGCAAUGCCCGAGAACGCAACCGCGUUAAGCAAGUCAACACGGGUUUCGCCGUGCUGCGCCAACACAUUCCCGUCCUGUGCGGCUCGGUUAUCGUCUACGGAGGAUCGCCGCAAUGUUCCGAAUCGUCUUCGUCGUCAUCUUCGUCUUCUUCCUCGUCUUCCGUUUCAUCGCCUCCGGCCAGCGGUCGAUGCAAGAAGAACAAGAUGAGCAAAGUGGAGACUUUGCGCUGCGCCGUCGAGUACAUCCGCAAUUUGGAGAAGCUCCUGGCAACGGGCGGUGAUGCGGAAGCGGAACAAGAUCAGUUGGCCAUCAAAGAGGAGCCUUUGGAUUGUUUAUCGUACGAGCUGGAUGUUGCCGUCGGAUCACCGUCGAUACAAGAAUCGCGCGAAAAUAUUUCGCCUUUUGAAAUAGCUGGACUCUCGACAUCCGCCAAUGAUUUGUCGGGUUUCUACGAUUCGAGCUCUUCGCCGGAAUCGCAAAGCCCCGACGUUCAUCAACACUCACAAAAUCAGCGGUUUCUUUUCCCUUUUUUGAUGGACACGUCGCCGACCACCCUGCCACCCAACGGCGAACAAAAACGAAUCAAAAUGGAGCCAGAUUCGGAUGCUGCUGCCAUGUUCAAACAAGAACUGUUGCGCUCUCUUUCCUGCUGGAACAGAUCAGAUCAAGAGCAGCAACCAUUGCCGGAGCUGCUGCUGGAUCAUGCAGGGCAAUCGGAGCAGCAACACAAUUCGGCCAUGCAAAACAUAUCGGAUCAUAGCCUGCUCGAAUCGCUCAACAGCUGGUGGGGUUCCAGUCUCUAGGAAAGAUCCCUGUCCCCCACCCGUACCUUCUUUUUUUUUUUUACUGCUUUCAUCCGCUAAUUCGUCCAUCCAUACGUUUCAUCUUAUCCUUUUUCGAAGAUGAAUAAGACAGCGCGCCCCCUUGGCUGGUCUUCUGUUCUUUCAUGUUGUUGUACAUAAAUCGCAUCACGGUCGCUCAAAUCUGGUCCCGCACAUCGAUUUUUUUCAAUCGGAGCAAUGAAAAUCUCUCGAGAACCAUUACACGUUGUAUCAUAUUACUUGCGCACGCUGACUUAUCCAUUGAUCAUUUUUUAUACGUAUUUCUUUUUUGAAUUUUUACACAAAUACAUUUGUUUUUUUAAACAAUAACAAAAGG